UGGCGACGCCCGUGAGCAGCCACUCUUUUGUUAUUGAGCCGUUUUUCAGUAAAUAAACUUCGUGACAGAGGAGCACGUCUGGUCCGACGGAACAUAUCAGUCUAAGAUCAGGGUCAUGUCCCGGCUGGCGGUGGUGUGUGGGGGCUCCAGGGGCAUUGGGAAGGCCGUGUCCCGCCUGCUGGCAGAGAGGGGCUGCAGGUUAGCUGUUGUCUCCAGGAACGAAGACGCUGCCCGGGCCACUGUGGCUUCUCUACGUGGAGCUGACCAUGUGGCGUUUAGCUGCGAUGUCUCCAAAGAGCGGGAGGUGCAGAAAAUCUUCGACACCAUCCACAAAACCUGUGGAAACAUCUCUUACCUGGUGAACGCAGCUGGUAUCAACAGGGAUGCUCUGUUACUGAGGACCAAGCCGGAGGACAUGGUCGCUCUGCUUCACACCAACUUGCUGGGCACCAUGCUGACCUGCAGGGCGGCGCUGCGCAGCAUGUUGCUCUCCCAGGGAGCCGCCAUUGUUAACAUAGGCUCUGUGGUGGGCCUGAAGGGGAACGCUGGUCAGAGUGUGUACAGCGCCAGUAAAGCUGGUCUGGAGGGUUUCACACGAUCUUUAGCUAAAGAAGUUGCAUCACGUAACAUCAGGGUCAACCUGCUGGCUCCAGGUACGCUCCAUCUGUCUGUACUGGAUGUUUUAUUUUCCCGCCUCUUCUGUCACUUUGUUAUAGUCUCUCUCUCAUGUCCCUGUCCUCUCUUGUGUCCAGGUUUCAUCCGCACCGACAUGACGGCGGCGCUGAGGGAGGAGGAUGCGGCGCGCUCCGUUCCUCUGGGGAGAUUUGGCGAGCCGGAGGAGGCGGCGCAGGCUGCUCUGUUCCUUUUGGAGUCUUCCUACGUUACAGGACAGGUGCUGGUUGUGGACGGAGGGCUGCAGCUGACCAUGUAGUAACCUCACCGUGCAGAGCAGCGGCAGCGAGGCAGAGACGAGAGGCACUUGAACAGGAGACACUCUGCAGAUCAGAAUCAGCCGACAGUUCAUGAGACGGUCUUUUGUCGCCGUAAACAC